AUGGCCCAGCCUUACCCGCUCGAUUUGCGCAUCCCCGUCAACAAGGAAUACGAUGGGCGGACAGACCCAGAAGUUCAUGUCAACACCUACUACGGCAAUAUGAUGAUGAUGGGCGUUUUGGCGGCCAAGUUCAUGCGGAAGUUUGUCACUUCUAAAGUUAUUCGAAAGCCCUACAUGUACCUCGAGAAGGCCAAGCAGUUGGAUAGGGAAAGCUUGACGGAUUUUCUAGUCAAGUGGAAGGCGGCGGUCAGGGAGGUUGAGCCGAUGGACGAUCUGACGGCUAUCCACAUGUUGCAUAUUUCCCUCCGGGCCAGUUAUCUUUAUCAAGAUUUCAUACUCCACCCUCCAACCACUUAUGAGGAAGCCAUCCGUAGAGUGACGGAUUAUGCCAAUGCUGAUGAGGCAAAUGCCGUCAAGAGGUCACAAGAGGUCGGGACAUCAUCCCGGAAGCCUUCCGGUCGGGCGGAUCAUCGGUCGGAAGAUCAUUCCCGACCCCGUACCCGACCAGGAGAGUUCACGGCAUUGAACCGAUCAGCGGCGGAGGCCAUGCAAUAUGCACAGUCCUGCAACCUUAUCCGUUUACCUCAACCGGGACCAGAUGGGUCGGAUAAGACGAAACAUUGUGCCUACCAUCGAUGUGCAGGACAUGACACGGAGGAAUGCACACAUUUAAAACAGCUGUUGAAAGAUUUGUUUAACUUGGGAAAGAUGGACAAAUGUGUAGGGAAAAGAGAAGAGAACAAAAGAGUGGGCGAGAGAAAAGAUCAAAGGCAUUCUCAUCAUCGCAGAGAUCAAGAUUGGCGGGAUCCCGAUCCUCCAUCUAGUGGCCGACCGGCGUCCAAACCGACCAUCCACGUUAUAUUCGGAGGUUUGGAGGAUGCUUCCCGACCUCGGGAAAGCUGCCCGGUCGCGAUCGUCGACUCCCGGGAAACCGGUAAAAGGCAAAAGAUGGAGCCCAUCACCUUCACUCUUGAAGACCAGUCGGAAAGCGGUGAUCUUGGGACUUUCCCGAAGUGA